CAGCCGUUCUGCCGUAUAGACGUGGCGGGUAGUGUCUCCACGACACACUGAGUGAUAUAAGUGAAAAUCUGUGCCUUUUACGAGUUCCUUCAACACAUUUAUACAAACAAGAUGCGCAGCGACGUGAUGGUGGAUGUGGUGAGCGCCGUGCCCCGCCCCCCUACUCCCCCCGAGGAGUACCCAGGGCUCGAGGAGGUCCCCGGCACGUGGCUGUACCAAGUGCACGACCUCACCCUCAAGACGCUGCGGGCAAGGGAACACGCCGUCAAGAACACGCUGCCGCACGAUCCCCGGACCUGGAGCCGCGACGACGUGCACAGAUGGCUCCACCACGUGUCCGAGGCGCACCAGCUGCCCCGCGUCUUCCCCGAGCGCUUCCUCAUGAACGGCAAGGCUCUGUGCCUCAUGACCCUUGACAUGUUCGUCCAGCGAGUGCCUCUCGGCGGCAAGCUGCUCUACAAGGACUUCCAGCUGCGGCUCUGCAACGCCAUGUACGCCUGAGUGUCCUCGGAGGCGUCUGGACCGAGCCUUAGAAGGGCCCGUCCGUCCUGCGCCCGGAGCGACCCGGCGCCCGAGAGAUCCGAGUCUGCGGGAUGGACACGCGGCCGCACAAGUUUUAAAUUGGACAUGUUCCAGGCGGGGGCGACGUGGCGCGCAGAAGGGCGCCUUGGCCCCGCCUCGUCGUGUUGUUACGCCAAAGAUAGUUGCUAGAGCGCCUCGGCCGUGCGCAUCCCUCGCGUCCUGCAGGAGGAUCACCGCGCUCGGGGCCGCUGUGUUCCUACGCCCUUUUUUUCGAGAAGCCCUGCCCUCAGCCCCAGUUCCUCGCCACCUUCCUGCCGUCAACGCCCUUCCCUGCCUCUCGUCUCUUGGAGGAACCCGGGGCGGACAGCUUUGCGUCACGCCUUUGUGCGCCCCUUACGCCCUUUGUCCCAGGUGCGAAGCGAGGCGCCGGAGGCCCGACCGCUACACUUAACCCCUUUGGAUACUCGCCGACAAAGGAGCGCGACGGAGUUUCCUCUCGGCAAACGGCGUGGUCAGUCGGACAUGUAGGGUAGGCAGGGCCGGGCGAAGGGGAGGAGAAAGGGAGUUUUCAUUACCUCGCCCCCCCCCUCGACGACGACCCCUCCCCUGCCACGGCCCCCCGCAUCGACCACCAAACAGGAAACCGGUACAGGCACUUCCUGGUCCCGCCGGCGCGCCGAGGGGAGCCCACGCAUUUCCGUCCACCGAACAUCCCCUCGCGCGGACCCUCGCCUCGCGCCGCGUCCCCUCGGCCUGCCUCUCGAGGGGACUCUCGGUGCUCUGUCGACAGCCGUGCAGACGCUCAGACUGCGUGACUCAGUAUCGCUGUGAAAAGAAAUAAAAGUUGUCAGCAGUCGAGCAGUCGUGAAUUGAGGUGUCCGGACUCCCUCUCCUCUGCCUCCGGACGCAUUUCAAAGCAAGCAAGCGCCGCCCCCUUCAGCUCCACCUGACGUGACCUCGCCCGUCCGGUCGCCAACGAACCUUGGCCUAGACACUCCCCCUUCCUCCGCCUGCAAGACGACACCCGCCUCAUAUCCGCCCCUCUGCCUCCCCUCGGCCGCCCGGAAAGCCAACACCGCCCCUGCGUUAGUCUGUCAACACGUGACUAGCCCUCCUCGGCUCUCCCCUCGUCCUCCCCUCCGCGACGUGUACUACGACUACUGCUGCUGCCACCGCCCCCCUCCCCCUCCCCCUCCAGCUGCCCCGCGGGGAGAGGGGGGCAGGGGAGGGCCCAGGCAGCGGACGGACAUCCUGGCAAGCUCGCCGAUACAGAAUCAAUGCCGCCCAGGGGAAGACACGCCCUCAGCGGUCAACUGUCACUUCCGCCCACGCUGAUAACCGGCCCAACAGCACCAACACCGACGCAAUAACCAACAACAAACAAGAAGGACGACAACAACAACAGAAGCCAUGCACCGAAGGGACAACUCUUGGUGCGUUUUUGCUCUUUGAGUAUUUCCUGCUGCUCUGGUGCCGCAUUUAGCGUCGGUUCCACGUCGGCCAUUAAGCGUACGGAAAUAUGGCGACAUAGCAGAGCGAAUCCCCAGAAGAGAGAAGCAUCCCGAGCGAGAUCCGAGGAGAUCUGGCCCCAAGUCUCGCGUCUCCCGCCAGCAUCGCGGACUCUCGCCUAAAGAUGCUUGAGUCCCCCCUCCCGCCCGCCCGCAUUGUCCGUUUUCCUCGCCCAGGUAAGGAACCCGGGCAGGUAAGUUAGGCGAGGAGGGGGGGGGGAGGUGAUAAGGCUGGGGACCUGAGCGACGAUACCCGGACGACACUUCCCACCCUCCCCACCCUAUCCCCCCCACACACCCCCACCGCAAACACCGUCGUUGCCACUGCUUUGACCACGUGCGGGACAGCUGCCCUGACUUCACCGGAAACAGCUGAUCUGUCGGGAUAACAGCUGACCGCUUCUCAUCCUCACCCUCCCCUUACGUCGCACUCUCCCCAGAACCGCCGCCUCCGUGUCUAUUGUGUCGGCCGCUUAGUAUUGUUAACAUUUACCAGGAGAUGAUUUAGUGUCUUCGGGGAAGUCUCAUGCAGUGCCUUGUUAGUUUUUUUUUUUUUUUUUUUUGGUAUAUGCUGGGUAUUCGGGGUAUGUGUAGGGUGUCGGAUUACGCGUGUGUGUUUAGCGAUGGUUUGACGCGUAAUUUGUGUAUCCGAUGAUGCAUUUCUUUGCUCGAAGUGCCCCCCCCCCCCCCGUCUAAUUAUAGCCUCCCGAACGCCUAAGAAUCUGACACCCAAGUUCCUCUUUCCGUGGCGCCC